AUGUUCACCAGUAAACUGCCCAUAAUUUCGAUUUUACAAACUGUACUGCUUGGCUACAUAUCACAUGUUGUAACCAUACGCCCUAGGACAGGUGUCAGCAAGUUUCCUACAGGCUAUCGACGUUUUAUUGCCCUUGUAUACCCCUCCAGUGGAAUUGGCUUGGCAGUGGAAUCUAUGUAUAAAUCUUUCUUUGGGGACAAAAUACUCAAAAUUUCUCAAUAUAAACCCCUGUUAAAAAGUUAUGCCAAAGAAGAAACCAACAAACCCAAAAAAGAUAUCAACAGAAUUCCACUAAACUCAAGCAAGCCAGCUUCACAAGACUCGUCGCCUUUAAUUAAGCCAUCUACACUCGAAUGCGAAAAUGAUAAAGAAAUUGUUACCAAAGAUACGAGACAUUACACAGAUUUUUCGAGCGCCACCUGUCUAAAGGAUCGAUUAUUAAAAGACAUGAAAAAUAAAGGAUGUGGACACACUGAAGCAGCAUACCUAGCAGCUUUUUUGCAUAUAAUGGGCCCCGAAAAAGCAAAGCAAAUUAAACAUUGUAUCCUCAAUUGCUCUAUAACUGUUGGUGUAAAAGAUGAACCCUUGAAUGAAAUAAUGUAUCCAUAUUGCAAAACUGAAGAGCUAGUAGUAAAUGGACCAGGGGCAGCCUGUAAAUAUCAAAAGAAAGCAAGGCCCGAUGAAAUUCAUUUGAUGACGGACACUAUGAUCAAUCAACUGGAAACGGCGCAUAAUAUGGACGAUACAUCAUAUAUUGAAGUCUUUGUUACAAUUGGACAGCUAUUUUAUACCACAGUUGAAUGUAUGGAUAUAGACGGAGACAGAUGGGCCAAGGUCAUUAUUAUUAUAUACACUAUAAUGUCAGUGCUCCAGACGUCUUCUCUCCUUUUACUGCACAAGCAAAUUGCGGCAUUCAGUAUCUAUGAAGAUAGAGACGAAGCUUUAAUUCUAAGCCUAUCUAAAGAAUAUAAAGCAUCGGUUGAAGGGGCCGGAUCUACUUCAUCUACAAAAAAUAACAACAGCUCGGACAAAUGUAAUCAUAAACAUGAUUAUUACGAUGGACUUGUGACCGGACUUUCGAUACUUGCAGGAAUAAUAGUUUUUGUGUUUAUUGGUAUAUGGGCUGAUUAUAAUAGCCACAGUUUAACAGAAUGGCUUGUGCUAUCCUGGAUCCUUAGCCCUAUCGUUUUUUGUCCUUUUCUUAUUCCUUAUUUUAUUUUAUAUAUGUGCGCUGGACCUUUCAUUGAUAUAUAUACUUACGAAAAUUUUUUGGAAAUACCAAUCGCCUUUGGCUUGUUUAUUUCUUCCGGACUUCUCCUUUCUGCUACGAUUAUUGGAUAUUUACCAAAAUAA